AUGGACAAAAUUAUAAGAGCCAUAAAAUCAAUGCACAUUGGGUACCGAUUGGAAAACCAUGCCAUUAGCAUUAUAUGUUACGCAGAUGAUGCUGUCUUGAUAGCGGAGAGCGAAAAUGAUAUCCAGCGUUUAUUAUUUAAAUUCCAACAAACUGCUGAGCAACUAAACAUGCUAAUAUCUGCGGAAAAAACUAAAGCAUUAGUAAUAUCAAAGGACCCAAUCCGUUGCAAAUUAAUGACGUACAACAAAACAAUUAAACAAGUUAUGAGCUUUCAAUAUCUUGGCGCCGAAAUUUCUAGUUGUAAAAAUAUUGCACGUGAAGUACAGUAUCAAGCUAAUAAGGCAAGUGUUGUCGCGGGUUAUCUUCGAGACGUGAUCUGGAAAAACAAAUUCAUGCUCCUAGAAAAUAAAGUAAGAAUAUACAAGACCAGAGUGAGACCAAUACUUACUUAUUCAGCAGAAACACGAGCCGAAACUUCCAGAACAAAGCAAAUGGCUAGAAAAACAGAGAUGAGAAUGUUGAGCGAAAUAACUGGCUAUUCACUCGGAAAUAGAAUAAGGAGCGAGGCUAUACGAGAGGAGUGCAACAUUCAAGACGUAGUAAGAUGGACCAGAUCAAGAAGACGUUAUUGGCGAGAUCAUGUCGAAAGAAUGCCAUCUAACAGCAUCACAAAAAUCGCAUCCAUAGAGCGCCCACAAACAAGGAGACCGAUUGGGAGACCACCCAAAAGAUGGCGCGAAAGCUGGGUUUCAACGUCGCAAGAAUAA